CAGAGUGCGUGGUAUCGCCGUUCUUGAAGGAGCGUAUCUGGAUGUGCUGCACAACUCCCUCCAAGAAAUGCCCACAAAGAACGUGAGGGAUGGGUGUCCUUCUCAUUUUUGUAUGUGUGUUUGACUUUCAUCUGAUAUUAACUGUUUGUUCAUGUAAAUAUGAUGAAUUUCAAGUAGAAGACGUGUUCCACAAUGUUUCUUGUUUACCAUGUCCUUCCUGCCCACCUGGAUAUGGGUUGACUCCACAGUGUGGCAGCUUCAUUAAAUAUGGUGCGAAAGUAGAGUGCCAACCAUGCGAACUUGGGACAACAUAUUCUGCAACAUAUGACAUUAGUUCAUGUCACCCAUGUGGCAUUUGCUCAGAUCAUCAAAAGGUAAUAAGAAACUGUACUUUGGAAUCUAAUUCAAAGUGUAAUCAGAGCUGUAGCAGUGGGUUCUAUUAUGAAGAAAUGACAGGUGACUGUCGAGCUUGCUCAUGGUGCUGCAAUGAUGGGAGAAACACUGUUAAAGACCAAUGCAAAGACAUGCCAUAUUAUAAACAGUGUGAUGCUAAUGAAAUCGACUGCCAACCUAAAUGUCGAGAUGAUCAAUACCUUGUUGUAACAAGAACUGGUACAUAUUGCAAGAAGUGUAAAAGCUGUACACCGGGAUUUUCACUUUUCCCACAAUGUGGAAGCAUUGUAGAAAACACCAAUGAUAUCAGAUGUGUAAAGUGUAUUGCUGGAAUUACCUUUUCAGAACAACCAGGGAAAAAAUCGUGCAAAGCAUGUUCUACAUGUUCUGUUGGACAGAAAGAACUUACGCCUUGUAAUAUGACCCAUGACAGAGUUUGUGGUGAAUGUAAUAAUGGCUUUUAUAAUGCAAAUGGUACCGAAUGCAAACCUUGUUCUGCCUGCUGUAACGAUGACCAGGAUGUGCAUGUUACUGAAUGUGUUGCACAGAAUAUGCCAAAAAACAAACAGUGUAGUUUCACCCAGCGGGCUGUUAAUGUGUGCCAACAAAAAAAUGCUAAUACAGAUACAACAAUAAUCCAAAGAGAUUCUCCUGCAUUGUUUAUUCUUAUGAUAGCACUUGGAGUUAUUACUGCAGUUACAGUAUUGGCCAUCUGGAAGUAUGUUAAAUACCGUACCCACGCGAGGUUACUAAGAAGUCAGUCAUUAGCUGCAUUAUUGCCAUCUGAGCAAGAAGAACGGAGUCACUCAAUAACACUGGAGGCUCCAACAGUUCAUGGCUCUCAAGAGACUCUAUCCUUUGAUAAAUCUGGUGUCUUAGUCCAGUUUAGUAAUGCAGAAAGUUUUCUUCACAAUGGUCCAAGAGUUAGACUAGAAAUAUGUUGGAACACAGACGUUUUAAAUACACUCCAAGAUGGUGAAGUUCAACUUAGUCCAGUAGUAAAAUUUCACUCUUAUGGGUUGAAACUGUCCAAACCAACUAAGGUCAGGAUACCACACAGUGCCUUGGUAUUUUAUAGUAAUGGGUGGGAUCUAAAACUCAAAAGCUCAACUCUACAUGAUGAAAGGACCGUGUGGAAAGAUGAAGAGCUAUAUGAAGUCCACAACAAUGAAGUUAGCUUCCAUGUGGACUAUCUUCUUACUUAUGUUGUUGUUGGUGUAUCACUUCACAAUAACAAACCAACGAAGAAGCGUCUACAGUGUGCUGUCUUUGGAGGAGAGGGCAGAGUUGGUGUGAACUACACAACAUACCUAUAUGUUUUUGAUGACUGUGAAGCAUCACUAGAGAAAAUAAUGGAAGAAGAAAGGUCACAUGACAGGAUUCUGUUGAGUUCCCCAGAGUCUCUGUAUGUUGAGACUGUAACUGAGACAGACAUCAAGAUUUCUGUUAAACAACCUGUUGAGGGUUGGAUUGUUGGAGAAAUAAAACCAGAGGUUAUAACACACAAGAGUUUGAAAGAAUCCUAUCAAACUAUACCAAGAGCAGAGGUGCUAUUUAAACAUGACAAUGGUCGAAACAGAGACUUCAUUUGCACAUUUGAGCUAAGUGCUGACAGUAAAUCCACAACAAUUUGUGCAGUUGCCUCAAUCAAAGAGGUUUGUGUCACUUUAUUUCUUAGUUACUAA